GCUCUAGUUAUAGAAGAAGAAGUGUUUAGCCAGAAGGAUCAUGAACUGCAGAUACUGCAGAAUCAGAUAAAGACAUUACUACAGGAAAAUGAAGAGCAACUGGAAUCUUUAAAGGACACUCAAGAAACACAUAGGUUACAGUCCGCAGAUGUGAAACCUCCGGGCUCCUCACGCGCCUGCGGAAACGGACCGGCUGCUGCGGCAUCUGCAGGGAGGCUGCAGGGUGUCCCAGAGAGCCUGCGGCACUCCCUGUGCCCGCCUUCAGGGACACAGACCCCAAGGGUGUGUACCAGCCCCCCUCCCUUCUGCCUGGCCCGGGUAAUGGCGGAAUUCCAUGCUCGCACACAGAUGGUACUGAGAAACAUCGAAGAUCAGGAUGAAGUCCUUCACUACCCAAUCCCUGAUCGGAGCAAUGAAGAGAAAGAAAACACAGGCAGCAAAAAGAAAACUUCGCUUAAGCAUUCCAUAAACCGAACAUGGACACGAGAACAGGCUUCUCCAUGCUUUCUUCCUGACCUGAGUGACAUGAAGUGUCAAGCAGACAAGUCUGGUUUAUCCAGCAGACCUGCAUUAUGGACUGACACAACCACAGGUAAAAUGGAAGUCAUGAAAGCAAACCUUAUUACAGUCUCAGAGUGGAGACUCACUGAGGCUGCAAAAAUGCGAUAACUUGCACUUCAUAUCAAAAUGAAAGAGGAACUUCUUAAGGACUUUGUAAGAACUGGCAAGGAUGCUCAGUCUGUAAGCAGGCGGUAUUCUUUGAAGAUAACUGAACUGGAGCAAGAACCUGAGCAGACCAAAAUGGAACUAGAUGAAACACAAAAGCAGCUUCAGGAGGUGGAGAGUAAGGAGCUAACAGGCAUUCCUAAAAAAAAAGCCAAGUUACAAAAAGAGUUCCAGAAGAAGACAGAUGCAGCUAAGGUGAAAGUGCAGACAUUAGAGAAGCAAAAGAAAUGGCUGAAUGAAGAAAUGGAAAGAAUUCUGCAACGGCACCAACAGCUAGCAGACCUAGAAGAAGAUUUAAAGAAAAGAGAAGCCAUUGUAGCCAAGAAAGAAGCAUUAUUGCAAGAGAAAAACCACCUGGAAAUCAAGAAACUGAGAUCUAGCCAGGCUUUAAACAAAGAUAGUAUGAAAUGGUCUACUCGCUUAAGUAUGCUGGAUGAGGAACUGUGUGAUAAAGGUAUGAAGCUUCAGGGCAGCACCAGUGAAGAGAAGACGGGCAUUCUGGAAAAAAUUCAGGUUCUCCAGGCAGAAAAGGAUCAGCUACUCAGAAGAAGAAAUAGUGUGGGUGAGAAACUGAAAGAUGGCAAAGUGUUGUCAACUGAAGAAGAACAUGUCCUGUUCCAGCUGGAAGAAGGAGUUGAAGCACUGGAGGCUGCUAUUGAUUACAAAAAUGAGAGUAUUCGGAAUCAACAGCACUUGCUUAGGUCAUCCUCUCAGAUUCUUUCACAAAGCGAGAAUAAUGUAAUAGGAAAACUAGUUUCCCUGUCUGCUGCUGAGCUCAGAGCUAUCCUCUUGAAGUAUUUCAACAAGAUUGUUGGCCUACGUGAGUCUGAACGCAAAUUACAACUGCAGAUUGAAGAACAGACAGUGAAGGUCAGGGACCAGGAAAACAGAAUACAUGAAUUAGAAUCUGCUCUUGAACACGUCAAGUUGCAGUGUGACAGGCAGCUGACCCUACAACACAAAGAACAUGAGAAAAAACUACAGCUAAUACUGCAUAAUUUCAAAGAACAAGAUAGUGAAGGUACUGGAGAAAUCUUGAAAGGGUAUGAAGUAAAAGUUCAGCAACUGGAAAAAGACUUAUUUUUCUAUAAGAAAACCAGCAGAGAGCUGAAGAAGAAAUUGAAGGGCCUCUUUGGAGAGUCACCCCAUCAAUUAUUGGCAUCCACUAAAUAUAACAGUGCUGAUGACAAGGCAUCCAGUCAAGAUGGAGCAGAAGUUGCUUAUGAAGAAUUCAGGUUUACACUUAAUCCUGAAACCAAUAGUCGACCAGAGAAAAUAAAAGAAACUGAAAGAACAAGUAUUUUAAGAGCUCAGCAGAAUUCAUACAAGCUUGGAGAAGAUGUUUCCAAAUUUGGGUGCAACAAAGAAUGUCUGUCAAGCACUAGUGAUGACAAAACAGGAACCAGUGAAGCUCAGCCUUCAAAAUCUCAUCCUCAUCUACCUUCUGUCAUCCAGAGAAGAGAAAAUGGAACGCAGUUUCAGGGAGUAACUCUAGUAAAACUAUCUCGCCAAGAGCUACAUCCUAUUCCUCCCCCUGAAUUAUCUUUGAGACGCUCAAGCCUUGGAGCUGGUGUCAGUUUUAUUGCUUCAGAAUCCAUUGAAAUGGAGAAAAAGUCUAGUGCCACUAAGACCUAG